AUGGCCGCCGCCGUCGCGACGCGCGUCGUCCUUGCUUGUUGUCUGUGCGCCGUCCUCUUCAGCUGCUCUCUGCCCACAGUGUCCGGAGCAUGGCCUUGGGAAGUGGGUCUGCUGAAGAACAAGACAACAACAACCGAGGCUACGCCGUCCAAAAGUUCAACUUUAACGACGGGCGCACCAAGCACGACGACUUCCACACCGCCCACCCCAGAGUCAACGCCUCGUCCUCGGUCUCGCCCCAGGAGCAACUCUAAGAAGCAUCAUCGCCUCCACACAUCCACAACUCCGCAACCGACAACAAAGGACUACACCAUUGACACGACUACCACCACCGAAGCGCCCCCGCCUUCCGUCCCACAAGUCGUUGUCCAAACGGAUCCCCAACUCUUUGCUUCUGUCCAGCCUCAACUCCCAGCGGUCCCUCCACCCGAAAUGUCACCCAUAGUUAUCGUCGAGCCUGACUCCUAUGCCGAUGCUAGCCGUGCUUACCGCUCCAUGUACGAACAACCAUACGGCAGCAUGUAUCCACCUCCAAUGUCGUACGCACCUCCAGUUCCAUACUAUUCUCCUCCACCGCCACCGCCGCUGGCGCGAUAUCCCUCCCCGUAUGACCCCUACGCAUUCGGAGGGUAUCCCAGCUAUCAGUGGCCAGCGAUCGAACCAUCCUACCUGCGGCCUUAUCGCUCAUACCCCUUUGCACCUAUGCCCUCUCUACAGAGCUAUCCAAUUGACUACUCGCCAUACCCAUGGUGGCAGCCUCAGGUUCAGGGGAUGAUGGUAGGUGCAGAUGGCUCAGCUGCACCAGCCAUCCAAGGUGGAUGCACCUCAGAGCCAAAACGUGACCGCGAAGAGUUGACACCUGCACUAAAGGACGCGCCAGUGGACCAGAAGGUUGAGGAACCUUCCCCAACAUACGUCAGUCUCCUGCCCAGCUACACUGCCAAAGUGGAUUCACUUGCCACCCCAACGAGCACGAGAGAGGGGAGCAAUGUGAAGGUAGAAAAGCCUUUCAUUGUGGAGGAAAAGGCAGAGCAACCUAACAUUGCCCCAGGAAAUAAUGCUUAUGGCAUGGUUGAUACUGUUGGGAAGGAGAACCACAUUCUGAGAAACAAUCCUUACCAGCCAGCGCCACCGAGUUCAUAUUGGCCCGGAUACUACGAGCAGAAUCAGUGGCCACAGUGGAAUCAGUGGCAGCAGUGGCCGGGUUCUCAGCAGUCCCAGUAUCCGUACAGUGUGGGACCACAGCAGCCAUCAGUAGUGCAGUCCCAGAAAAGACAGGCUCCAUUCUAUGGGUGGGGAGGACGGCAGUACGCGUAA